AUGACUAACACUGGAACAUCCCCAUUACCUACAGAAUCUAAUGAUAACAAUUCUGAUAAAAUUAAUCACUUAGAAUAUCCUAGUGAUCAAGAUGUUCCUUUCAUUGAACAAGGUGACAAAAAUUAUGGAAUGAAAGAGGCUCCACCAGAUAGAUGGAAUGCAGUUUAUUGGAUAAUGUUAUUACAUGGUGUUGGUGUUCUUAUGCCAUGGAAUAUGUUUAUUACAAUUGCUCCAUCAUAUUUUGUUGACUAUAAGUUAACUGAACAUGAUGGUGAUAAAAGUGUAAAAACAAUGUAUGCUUUAAGUUUUUUUUCAUUUCUUGGAUUAUUUUCACAAUUACCAAAUCUUCUUCUUAAUGCCAUUAAUAUUGUUAAUCAACCAAAAGGAGAACUUAUCAAUAGAAUUACUUAUUCAUUAGGAGUUGUUUGUUUUGUUGUUGUUUUUACAAUAAUGAUGAUUUUUAUUGACUCAACAACAUGGGUAGGAAUAUUUUUUUGGAUAACUAUGAUUUCUGUUGCUAUAUUAAAUGCAGCAAAUGGAAUUUAUCAAAAUUCUGUUUAUGGUUUAGUUGCCAAAUUCCCACCAAAUUUUACUAAUGCCAUAAUUCUUGGUAAUAAUAUUGCUGGAACAUUUGUAUCAUUUAUUAAUAUUUUAACAAUUGCCUUUUCUGAUGAUGUUGAGACUGCAGCAUUCUCUUAUUUUGCCAUUGCUUUAUUUACUUUGGUGGCUUGUUUUGUCUCAAUAUUUAUGCUUAAAGAAUUUGAUUUUUAUAAAUAUUAUGCUCAACUUACAAAACGUAUAUUAGCUUCUGAACCAAUUGUAGAUAGAAGAGAUGAAAAAAGAAUUGAUUUUGGACUUUAUAAAGAAGUACUUAAAGAUAGUUGGCCACAAAUGGUAAAUGUUUUUCUUGUUUUCUUUGUUACACUUACAUGUUUUCCUGCAAUUAUGGCUGAUAUAAGAUUAUUCCGAUCAGAUGGAAAAUAUGAUUUUAUAAUUCCUGAAAAAUAUUUUACACCUGUUACAACAUUCCUUCUUUUUAAUCUUCUUGCUGCAAUUGGAUCAUAUUGUGCAAAUUUUAAACAAAUUCCAGGACCAAAUAAAUUAUGGAUUCCUGUCUACCUUCGUAUAAUAUUUAUUCCAUUUUUCUUUUUUUGUAAUUACAGACCAACAUUAAGAACAUGGCCUAUUUUUAUUACAAAUGAAUGGAUUUAUCUUACUGCUGGAUUUAUCAUGUCAUUUACUUCAGGAUACCUUUCAUCACUUGGUAUGAUGUAUGCACCAAGAACAGUUCACAUUUCAAAAUCAUCUAUAGCUGGUAUGAUGUCAGCAUUCUUUCUUAUUCUAGGUAUCACUUCUGGAAUAGUUUUUACUUUCUUAGUUACAUAUGUUGCUGAUAAUUUGGGACCAUUAGAUCGUGUUUCAUUUUAA